AUGGAGUACGAAUAUAACAGAAGCAGGUCGAGCCCACAAGUUCCGAUGUACCGUGCUCCGCCCUCUUCCAUCUACCCCAAGAUCGGCCCUCACCCUCAAACUGCCGCCCCUCCCCCGCCUCGUCCGUUUCCUUAUCAGCACAAUCCCACUCCUUCACCUUCUCUAGGAUUGGGGAUUAAGGUUGCCGUCAAGCCGGAAUUUAGGAUCACACCACCGCCUCAUUUAUUACCACAUGUGGGAGAUAUUCCACGGAGCAACUUCCAAUUUGAUUUUGGAUUGGAGAGGAAAAUUUUGGCUGAAGCAGAGAAGGAUAACCCAAAUUGGAGCAAAUUUGGGGUAGACAAUCUUCCAACUAAAGCUUCUGAUACAUCACCAUCAAAGGUUACUUCUUCAGAUCCCAUUGUGAGCAAGUAUAUAGCCAUGGGACUCAACCGAGAGGCAGUUCAAAUUGCUGUUACGAAUUAUGGUGAUAAUCCAACCAAAGUUCAAGAAUUUGUCAAUGGAUACACCCUUCUGCGUGAAAUGGGAUUUUCAUCAAGCAGCGUUGCGGAAGCCUUAGUUAUGCAUGACAAUAAUACAGACAAGGCAUUGGCACAUUUCCUUAAUGGCUCAUCAUGA